GACUUGCUGACCAACUAAAUGGGAUUGGGUUGCCUCCCUCCAAAUGAAGCAACCCAUUAAGUUAGGUCGAGCACAUCGAUCGAGAAGCUACUGCCCCAAAGAAACCGAACUUCAAAUCCCCCAAGCAAGAUGUGGCAACUGACAUGGGCCUUUGCAUUGGCUUUCCUGCUGGUGGGUGGUGAGGCAAAGCCUUCUCAUCUUCACUACAAUCACUUUGAUCCCCACCAUGUCAACCACUUUGACGGACAUCAUCUGAGCCACUUGGAUUCCUUGCAUGCUCUGCCGCACCACUUGGAUUACGCGGUGCAGGAAUCGGUCCUUCCUCCGCCAGCUCCUUUGCUUCCUGUGGUGGCUCCUCCACCAGCAUUUGCUCCUCCACCACCUGUAUUUGCUCCUCCACCACCAGUUUAUGGACCUGCUCCUCCGGCUCCUGUAUAUGCUCCACCACAACCUGUAUUUGCUCCAGCUCCACUGUUACCGGCUCCUGCUCCUCUAUUACCAGCUCCUGCACCAUUUUUGCCCGCUCCUGCACCACUUCUUCCCGCUCCUGCACCACUACUACCAGCUCCAGCCUUCCUGCCAGCUCCUACUCCUCUUUUGCCCGAGUUCCAUGUGCCCAGUGUCACCCAUCAAGUGCUGCCACCCGUCUUGGAGGCGGUGCCCUUUGCACCCACCUACCGUGCCAUUCCCGGACCGAAGACCACCACCCACCGCGUGUCCAUUGGCUACGCCUUUCCCAAGCUGCUGGCCACGCCACACGCCCAUCUCAAAGCCCUGCCCCUGAAGUUCGCCCAUCACCAUCACCACUCGCUGUGGUGAUCAUCCCAAUCUUAGGGA